AUGUCCAGCGUCGUGACUGGCAGCAUUAGUCCGCACAUCGCAGGCUGCGCCAGUGCUGCAACGGAGUUGCGGGUGUCCUGGAGCGACGGCACGCAGAGCCAAUACCCUUGGGACUGGCUUGAGCGGCAGAUGCGGCCCAAAAAAGUCGAGAGCUACCUGUGGAACAGAGGUUUGGGUCAGUUCCUCCCGGAGGUUCCGUACACAUCCCUCAGCACGCAGAUGGGGAAAGUGCAACUCUGCACCUAUCUUCAAAGAUAUGGGCUCGGGAUCAUCCGAGGCGUUCAUGUCGAGAAUGGCAUGGUUGCCAAGGUGGGGAACCAAAUCGGCCACGUUCGGGUUACAAACUACGGGUCUAUUUUUGACGUGAAGGACAAAGGUGCUCAGGCUACAAACCUUGCCUUUACCAGCCAGAGGAUCCGUGCCCACACAGACAACCCAUACAGGGACCCUUUCCCAGGCGUGCAGAUGCUACACUGCUUGCAGGGUGCGGAAUCUGGUGGCGCUACGCUCUUCAUUGAUGGGUUCCGGGUUGCUGAGGAGCUUCGUCGACAAGAUCCGCAAUCAUUCCAGCUGCUUUCGGAGACCCCACAUCCCUUUGAAUAUCGGGACCCUGAUGAGGGCGUUCUCCUGCGGGCGACAGCGCCCGUGAUCCAGCUGGGCCAGGGAGGCUCAGUUGAACGCAUCACGUUUAACAAUCGCUCGGCGGCAGCAUUGCCUGCAUCUUUCUCCAACUUUGAGGAGUACUACCGGGCGUGGGCAGCUUUUGAUGCCCUUGCCAACUUGGAUGACUUCACCGUGAAGCUUUUGAUGAGGCCAGGCGACCUGGCCAUUUGGCUGAAUGGCCGUGUCAUGCAUGGCCGAGAGGGCUACCGGCCUGGCGGCCCGCGCCACAUCCAGGGCGCUUAUCUGGAUCAGGAUGAGAUCCACUCCACGGUCAUGUCCGCUUUGGCCGAAGGUGUUGAUUUGAGUUCUUUUGACGUCCACCACCUUGCAACAGAUGUUUGCAUGGAGGUGUUGAAAUCCCUGCCCAAGAGAGCGAAGCAGAAUCCGCUAGCCGAAGCACUGAAACUGGCAACCGCGGCCCGUAUGUUGGAAGCACCGUCAGAGGUGGUCUUGGCUUGCUUGCUGCAUGCCACACACACCCCUUUUCCCAGCGAGAUUUGGGCCAGGGCUGCGGAGGCUCGCGGCCAGGUUCCGGACUUCAGAGAACUCAGAAAACCAGGUUCACCCUUGGUGAAGAUGGGCUUUUCCUCCAAGGUCGUGGACUUGACAGAGUACCUUGCAGAUGCCUUGCACUUCAAUGAGCUGCCAAGUCCUAAGAAGGAGGCGUUCAUGGCCCUCCCUGAGGCCGAGACGUUGCUGCAUUGCGCUCGCCAGUGCGAGGGCGAUGUGGCUUCUUUGGACUCUUUGGAUUCUUUGGACUCAUUCUGGGGUCUCGUUUACGAGCACUUGCAGGAGCAGUCCAAGUGA